UGAGCAGACGUUUUUCUGAGCACUAGCUAUUUCGAGCUUUACAACGAUAUAUCAAUGUAUGAUUUUCUUGCAGUACGUGGCUUCCUUAUAUGCGCUAGACCUUUCGCACUCUUCGUCCUGUGACGUUGCCAGGGUGAAUGCUACGUGUUUGUUCAAGUUGCUCCUUGGGGAACCUACUAUAUCGUCGCUUGAAUGCCUCAACUGCCUUCACCGGAUUGUAUCCUGUAUCUUGCUAUUAGGUACCACAACCACAUCAGUCCAUGAUUCAUCAGUCCAGUGUGUUCUUGUCUUCGUUACAAACCGGUCUAGUACUACUACCCAACCCAUCUAUAAGGUUAUGUGAAUGCCAGAUCCCAUGAAUUCCAAUAUACCUGCCUCGUUAAUCCCGCAGGGCAAAGGAUUCAUAAAGCCGGGCGGGAACUGCAACCAAUAUCCAAAGGUCCAGGUGUUUCCCCCUGGCCGCCAGACAAGAUACAGGAUGCCAACCAACACAUCAUACAGGAGCCAC